AUGACUCCCCGUCAGUCUAGCUCGCCCAACUCAACACGCGAGGAGCCUUGGGCCAAUGUACACCAUUCUUGCGAGCUAUGCUUGAAGGGAUUCCCUCUGGACUUCUCCGAAGACAAAAAUCACCCUUCCGGCCUUCCUGGGGACCGAUGGGCGCUCAUUGAGAGACGACUUGGUGAUGAUAACCCCAAGUUCCUCGAGCGUGUUAAGGAAGGACAGGCACCAGACCCUUUCGGGCUUGCCCGCACUCUUACGAAGGAAGUCACCUUCUUCGAUGUUGACACACCUGACCUAGAGAACUGGGCCGCUCAAGGCUGUUUGUUCUGCCGCCACCUGCUGAACCGGAUGGCUGACGCCGGAGAGGACAUCGGUGGCACGAGAGUCUUGGGUGCCAAGAAGGGACCGUUCCUCGACUUAUCUUCGGAAUCCGCCAUGUCCAUCAUGAUCUUCGACCUGGCGACCUAUCGUUCAGAUAGGCUACAUACUUUCAGCUUGUGGACAUAUCAUGUGGCAUGGCUUUCUGAUGGUUGCCUAGGCUGUGACAUGCACCGGCCAGCAUUGCAGCCUGUUAAUCCGACACCCUCGUCGCCUUAUUCGCUUUCUCAAUAUCGAAAUUGGCUCGAGAUGUGCCGCAAGACGCAUCGAAGGUGCCCCAAGCCGAGUGACUUUGUCCCAACCAGGCUGCUAGAACUCUCGAAAACGCCCGGGGGAUCGGUAGAAGCUCGACUUUGUGAGACUUGCGAGAAGGACGAUGUCGAGCCCUUCGCUGCUUUAUCAUAUUGUUGGGGCGGAGACCAGCCGUUGAAGCUUACCAAAAGUACGAGGACUAAGCUCCUGGAGCGCAUCAAACCCGAGGAGCUCCCUCAGACCCUCAGCGACGCCAUCCAAGUUACUACUUCCCUCGGCAUCAAAUACCUCUGGAUCGACGCACUAUGCAUUAUCCAGGACGAUGAUGAGGACAAGGGUAGAGAGUUAGGAAAGAUGUCCAUGAUCUACAGCUGCGCUCUGGUAACGCUGGUAGCCUCACGGGCGGAAGCCGUACAAAAAGGAUUUCUCCAAGACCGCCCCAUUGGAAAUAUCCCUGGAUUUGGUCUCCGCGGUCACCUGCCCGCGAGCGAACCUUGCGUCUUCUUGAUCCCGAGGCAAGACUUUGAGAAUAUGGGCCGAAGCGACAUCUCAAAAGCAAAGAAAGCCAGCUACAUCAGCCAACGAGCGUGGUGCUUCCAAGAAAGGUUGCUAUCGCCGCGCAUUAUCGACUUCGGGGCGGUCCAAACACUAUGGUGGUGCCAGGAGUUUGAGGACACACCAGGGCAUGGACGCCCUCAAUGGACUGAUGGCUGGGAGAAACCUGGACCCGACGAAGAUCAUAGCUCGAUGGGUGUCGUUGCAAAGGAGCUGGCCUGUUGGGAAUAUCCUGAAGCUCAGCGUAAGGCCAACGCCAACGCCAAGAAGAAAUGGCCUGGAAAGACCGGUGGGAAGGCAAGGGAGUCAUGGUAUGGGAAGAUCGAAAAGCAAUUGAUAGGCCAACUAGCCGCGUUGGGGAUCUCGAAGGAUGUGGAAACCCGGUCGGGCCAAUGGGCACGCGUCGUAGAACGAUAUACACUCCGGCAGCUAAGCUUUUACACCGAUCGACUUCCUGCUAUUUCCGCCAUGGCGCAGGUCUUCCAGUCUCGUAACAAGAGCGACUAUGUCGCGGGACUCUGGGCCGACAUGAUGCCUCGGGCACUUCUGUGGGGAAGAGGCUCCUCGUAUCUCUGGCCUCGACCAGGAGGGGGCUAUUGUGGUCCAACUUGGUCGUGGGUUGCAAUGGCCGGUCCUGCAAAUAUCCAUGGGAACGCUCUUUAUGAGAAGGAGGCAAGAGACAUAGAUACAGAGAGGCAUGGAAAUAUUGUAUCGUGGGAUCUAACACCGCUACACGACUCUCCAGGCUCGGAGAUUAUUGGCCUUCGCUCUGCAGUGUUGACCUUCCAUGGGCGUUUGAAGCCUGUCUAUUGGUGGCAGCCUUCUGUGGAAGAAUGGGCAACCAUCAAACGGCCACCUUGCUGGCGAGAUUCACGACUCCCAAGGGUACCUCUACGGGCGGCUGCUCCCACUGCAAUAGGCUUCAAUCCUGAGACAUGGACCGUUGAUCCGGCCGACCCGGACGUGGCGAGACUGGACACCCUUCCGCCUAAACCACGCCUUCACCCGUCUAUAUACUUGUUCACGAGUGAUAUUAAGGGAUUGGAAGAACUCAUUUUCGGUCACGUCCAGUUCGAUGUCUUCUUGCCCGCAUUCGAGGCCGAUACUCGUCGAGACAAACUCCAGCUCUUCCUCCUUCCCAUGGCCACCGACAUACCGUGGACACGUUCUGAGCGCCUGAAGGCAAUCAAAACGCAUAAGCACUACAAGUACUUGAAAGAGAAGCUCGAGAAAGAACUUCAAGACCCUUGGGGGCCUCAUGUGCAAGCCAUAGUUCUCCAACAAUCCGCUGAAAGUGGAAGGUUUGAGAGAGUUGGCAUCUUUCACUACGGAUACAUGGAUGAACCAGGACAUGGUGUACACAUGAGCAAUGAUGAGUUCAAAGAGGCCUAUAAGCUUCAGCAUCAGUGGCUGCACAAGGGACAGAAACAAGAUAUUUCCAUCGUCUAG